AUGAAAAAGGCUGGUGCAGUAUUGCUUAUUGUUAUGAUUCAGGUGGCCACCACCAUGCCACUAAUAAUGGCGGAAUGCCCACUUGACGCUGUGAAGCUUGGAGCCUGUGUUGAUGCGCUUAGUGGCCUUUUGCACGUGGGCGCUGGAGAUCCCGUAGUAAACCAAUGCUGUCCUGUGAUUGAAGGAGUUUUGGCAUUAGAGGCAGCACUGUGUUUCUGCUCAACCAUUAGGGCCAAGCUUCUCAACCUUACUAUCCUUCUCCCACUGGCAAUCCCGCUUAUUGUAGCCUGUGGAACGACAGUUCCUCCAAGCUUCAACUGCCCAGCUCAGUAA